AUGUAUUUCAUGGAGAUGGUCCAGCGAGUGUCUGAGAUGAUUCUGGGGCAGGUUAACAUUGGAGGCAGAGUGCUGAAUCACUGCGCAGCAGUCCUCACAGUGUCUGAUGUACAGUUCUGUGUGUUUUUAUCUGCAGGAUCUGAUGAGUUGAGGAUCGUUCUGGUUGGGAAGACAGGGGCAGGGAAGAGUUCAGCAGGAAACACCAUCUUGGGCAGAGAGGCUUUUGAGUCUGAACUGUCCUCCGUUUCUGUGACAUCUGAAUGCAAGAAAGAAAGGGGAGAGGUUGGAGGGAGGAAGGUUGCACUCGUUGACACUCCAGGGCUGUUUGACACGAGUGUAGAACAAGUGUGGAAAAAGAUCAAGAUGUGUAUCGGUAUGUCCUCUCCUGGUCCUCAUGCCUUCCUGGUGAUUGUUCAGAUCAGCAGGUUCACAGAGGAAGAGAAACAAAUUGUGAAAAUGAUUCAAACCGCAUUUGGUGACGAUGCAGAUAAGUACACAAUGGUGCUGUUUACCCAUGGAGACAAUCUGGGGAAACAAACCAUUGAAGAGUUUCUUUCAGAGAGCGAAGACCUGGAAGGAAUCAUUCAGAAAUGUCAUGGCCGUUAUCACGUCUUCAACAACGAGGUGGAAAACCCGUCUCAAGUCACUGAGCUCCUGGAGAAGAUAGACAGGAUGGUCGAGGAUAACGGUGGGUCGUACUACACCACAGAGAUGUUCAAGAAAGCAGAGGAAGAAAUAGAGAGGAAGAAACAACAAAUCCUGCAAGAGUCUGAGGCACAGAGGAAGAAAGCGAUGGAGGAACUGAAAGCCAGAUUCUCCGGGGAGAUGUUGGAAAAGCAAAAAGAAAUGAUGAAAUUAAGAUGUGAGGCUGAAGCAAGAGCUAGGGCUGAACGUUACUGUUCAGUACAACCCCCCAAACCCUGUGUAAUCAGUUAA